GUGAACUUGUGUGUGUGCCAAAUGUUUACACAGUAAUUAUAUAAUGAUAUCUUAAUUUAUAUUAACGAAAAAAGCUUAAGCUACAGUUCUCCUGAAUUGAGUAGCAAACAGUUUUCAAUCUCGUCUAACCCUAGCUAAAAUAGCCUGCUUGCUACUAGGACUAGCAGGCUACCCAGCUGGGUAGGAAGCAGGCUUAACUCGUAGCCGGGUUAGUUAGCCGGCUAGCCGUAUAACAAUUCAUUGUUUGUUCCUGCUGGCCAGCCCAGAUUCUUGGGUAUGCAUAGUACGAGUUUUAUAAGAGUUCACUUUAAACAGCAAAGGUCACAGUAUCAGGAUUAACCUAUAUUAUGGAGACUCAGUAUUUCCGUACUUUUGAAUUAAUCCGUUCACUCUACACAUUUAGUGACGUCCAGUUUAUAGUAUUAACUGUGAAAGCUAACUGUUAGCAAGCUAGCUAGCUAAUUGAAUGACGUUUAGUUGUCUAGCCAUGUACCUAGCUAGCCAACAAUUACAAAGAUCGAUUUCUGCCUGAUAUCGGACGGAUUUUGUCACCGGCGAGCAAUAAAAUAGCGACCUUCCUAAGUACCAUAUCAAAGCCACGAUUUAACUUUACUACCGGGAAUAGUUUUAAUAGGUUUUUACGUUAUUGCCACUAUACACGCGAAGUUUGAUGCUGGUUGGACUGGACAGAAGAAUGGGCCCAAAACACAAAGGGUCUUUCAGAACUGUUAUACAUUAAACAAGGGCAUCCAGGAGCAGCUGAUCCCUGACCCUCUGCGAGAUGUGACAGGAUGCUGAACCAUCACUGCAGAAGGAACCCGGAACUCCAGGAGGAGCUGCAGAUCCAGGCAGCGGUGGCAGCCGGCGACGUUUACACUGUGCGCAAGAUGCUGGAGCAGGGCUACUCACCCAAGAUCCGCGACGCCAACGGCUGGACGUUGCUCCACUUCUCUGCUGCCAAGGGCAAGGAGCGCUGUGUGCGUGUCUUCCUCGAGCACGGAGCGGAUCCCACGGUGAAGGACUUCAUCGGCGGCUUCACAGCACUGCACUACGCUGCCAUGCACGGCCGUGCCCGCAUCGCCCGCCUCAUGCUGGAGUCAGAGCACCGCGGCGACAUCAUCAACGCCAAGAGCAACGACGGCUGGACGCCGCUGCACGUGGCGGCGCACUACGGCCGCGACUCGUUUGUGCGUCUGCUGCUGGAGUUCAAGGCCGAUGUGGACCCACUCAGUGACAAGGGCACCACCCCCCUGCAGCUGGCCAUCAUCCGCGAGCGCUCCAGCUGCGUGCGCAUUCUGCUCGACCACAGCGCCAACAUUGACAUCCAGAACGGCUUCCUGCUGCGCUACGCUGUCAUCAAGGGCAACCACUCGUACUGCCGCAUGUUCCUGCAGCGCGGCGCCGACACCAACCUGGGCCGGCUGGAGGACGGCCAGACACCACUGCACCUCUCAGCUCUGCGCGACGACGUGCUGUGUGCGCAGAUGCUCUAUACCUAUGGCGCCGACACCAACACACGCAACUACGAGGGCCAGACGCCCGUCGCCGUCUCCGUCAGCAUGUCCGCCAUCAGCCGACCUUGCCUGGACUUCCUACAGGAGGUCACACGCCAGCCCAGGACUUUGCAGGACUUGUGCCGGAUAAAGAUUCGUCAGUGCAUCGGUCUUCAGAGUUUAAAGUUUUUGGAGGACCUGCCUAUUGCCAAGGUCAUGAAAGACUAUUUAAAACACAAGUUUGACAAUGUCUGACAAAGGCCUUAAAACCUCUGGCUAGAAGCACAGGAACCGUUUCCCUAUAGAAGACUAUGCAAACCCUUGUUUUCCUCUUUAUUUUCAACCUCUGGCAACAGAUGUUUUAUACAACGCUGUAAGCAUGUAUUUCUGCAAUUAAUGGAUUUUGAAUUUGGAUAAAUUCAAAAUAUAGCCAAGUGAAUAAUAAUUUAAGUUAAUGUUAUGGACACUGAGCUUAAAUCUUUUAAUCAUUGUCCCUUGGUGAAAACAAAUGAGUCAAAUCUUUCAUUCAAAUGAUUUUUUUUUUUUUUUUUAAUCCUUUAGAAGAAUUUCUAACUUGGAGGUUACAAUCAACCUUAGAUAAAGAAAAUAUAUUCCCCUUUCUUGUGCAGAGUAUGCCCUCUCAUUGUCUGAGCAGUUACUUGUCAUUCCAAGGUUUGGCAAAGUUUGAAUAUGCACCACUAUAGUUGCAUUAAGUACUGGAUAUUUUAUCUAACAAACUGAGAUGUUGCACUGUAAUGUUGACUAAAAUUGUCCAUUUGAAAAUCUGUGAUCGGACUUUGAACCGAUGUCCUGUGCUACAUCUACCCAGGACUGAUCACAGAUUGGUUAUAAUUCUGUAAUGUUCUUUUGCUUUAAUCCAGUUCAAUUUUCUGUUAAAUCAAGAGUUCCUAUAAUUUGCCAUUUCACUUUUUCAGAUGGCGAGUAUUGGUGCUAGUGUUGUUUGGGAAAUGUUGGAAAUAUAAAUGUAAAAAAAGAGCUAGCCAUUAGUCAUACAUGAAGUCUUGGAUUUCUUAAUUAUAAGCAUGUACAAAAAUACACAUCAUCCACAAGGACUACACUAUGUAUAUAAUUGUAUCAUAUGUACAGCGAAUAUUUUUCUAGAAUUAUUUAAGAUAUAAACUCUUGUAUUAUCAAACUGUUUAGGACUUGGUUGAAUGGUCUUGUGGUGCGUUGGUUUGGUUUUGCUUUGCUUUUGUUAAAUUUGGGGUUGUUUGGUGGGGGCAGUGUUUGUUUUUUGCACAGGGAGCCAGGGUGAAGGGGUUGGAUCUACACCCAUAGUCAAAAGCCAAUUGGCAUCAGUGAAAUGUGAAAUAUAAUUUUCACUCUCUAAGAUUUUUGUUUUUAACACAGUACAUGGAAAAAAUUGUUAUUCCCACAGUGUAAGGCCUGCAGCUGUAAGUUGUGCCUUUGAAUGGAUGGAAUUUAAGGUGAAAAUUAGAAACUGCUCAAAAAAAGUGCACAUUUUUUUUCAUUUCUUAUUAAAUUAUAAUUUCAACAAAGUGGGAUAGUUUUGUCCGAUUACAAACUAAACUACAACUAAUCUAAACUAAGUUUUAGUUUCGUCUUCCUUGUAUCUGUAAAAGUCCAUUUUUAAUGUUUUUAAACAGAAGUAUGUCCUCCCCUCUAGAGUGUGUGUGUGUGUGUGUGUGUGUGUGCGCAAAAGCAGAUGAAUGUGAAUUUAACAUUGGAAUAUUUAAUGAGAUUGCAUAGUUUGGUAAACCUUGAGUUGAUUUUUGCAUUCAAUCAGAAAAUAAAUGCAUAGCAAAAAUACUGCCAUUGCUAUUACUGAAGAAUAAGGGUGUGGCAUUGGAGAUCAGUCAAAUUAGUUCUUUUUAAAGGAUGGUAUUUCAAUGUGUGCAUUCAGGCUUUUUAUAUAUAUAUAUAUAUAUAUAUAUAUAAAAUUUCAACAUUUUGUGAGAUUUUGUUUACAGUAUGUGUGCGGGAGUAAGAGUGAGGGACUGUGUGUACGCAUGAAUGCUUACAACCACAGCGUAUUUUAUUUCAUGACCGAAUUCCAGGAAGCUUAUGAGUUUUCGCAGAACAACUUAAGCUCAAUUCAGAUUGCGUCUUAAAUAAUCUUAAAAGUCUUCCGCAAUAUUCGCCACAACUACUGAAUGUACAUAACCUGCUGUUUGCCUAGUUCAGAAUGUAAACUUGUGUGAAUAAAUGAAUAUCAUAAUGUCCUUGUUUACUUUUGCAGCAUUAGUAACUGUAUCCUACACAUUCAUUUGAAUUCAGUUUUGAGAGUUUGGUGGCUUUUUAAUAAAAUCUAUGCA